AUGGUGUUGAUCGACAAGCAAGAGUAUCUCACUGAGGAAGAGAAGCGCCUCAAGGAGGAUCGGGAGCGCACUCGCUACUGGAAACGAUGGGGUCCGUAUGUGGCCGAGCGACAAUGGGCAACCGUUCGUGAGGAUUACUCUGAAGACGGUGAUGCCUGGAGCUACUUUUCGCACGAUCAUGCACGGUCGCGCACCUUCCGCUGGGGCGAAGAUGGAAUCGCCGGUGUAUCCGAUACCCACGGCCUGCAGAACAUCGCAUUUACAUUUUGGAACGGCGAAGACGAUUUUUUGAAAGAGCGCCUCUUCGGUCUGUCUAACCCUCAAGGUAAUCAUGGCGAGAGUAUCAAGGAAGCCCAUUUCCACGUCGAUAAUACCCCCACGCAUUCCUAUAUGAAAUUUCUCUAUAAAUACCCUCAGAAGAAGUUCCCCUAUCAGGAUCUGAUCGACGAGAAUGCCAAGCGGUCGCGUUUAGAGCGGGAAUAUCAGAUCCUCGAUACUGGCAUUUUCGAGGAAAAUCGCUACUGGGACAUCUUCAUCGAGACCGCCAAGGAAGCCGAGGAUGAGGAGGAGCUGAUCUUCCGUGUCAUUGCAUACAAUCGCGGACCCGAGCCGGCUCCCUUGCAUAUUAUUCCCCACGUCUGGUUCCGAAACACAUGGUCCUGGGAAAAGGAGAAGGCGAAGCCAUCGAUCAAGCAGGACGGAGACCGGACUGCCAAGUCAACCCACCGAACACUGGGUGACCGGUAUGCGUGCUUCGCGCCUUCGCCUCCUGUGGGAUCCAGCGAUGAAGAUAUCCAGCCCCGCAUGCUUUUCACGGAGAAUGAGACCAACAACAAGAAGCUAUGGGGCACCGAGAACGAGCAUCCUUUUGUGAAGGAUGCUUUCCAUCGCCACAUCGUCGAUGACGAGAAGGGUGCCAUCAACCCCGACAACGAGGGCACCAAGUUUGCUGCUUGGUAUGCUUUUGACAAUGGCGACAUGGUCCCUCCCGGCGAGUGCGCCGUCGUCCGCUUCCGCUUCUCCCGGAAGAAGGAAGAGUUCGUGGAUGAAGAAGUACUGGAUGAUGUGAUCGAGCAGCGUCGCGCCGAGGCCGACGACUUCUACUAUCGGAUCAGCCCGCUUCCCAUGAGCGAGGACCUGCGCAACAUCCAACGCCAGGCAUUUUCGGGUAUGAUGUGGUGCAAACAAUACUACAACUUUAUCUGGGACCAAUGGAGCAACGGUGAUCCCGGCGAGAUUCCUCCACCUGCAGGACGAAAGGGUGUGCGCAACGAGCAGUGGCGUCAUCUGUAUAUCGACGAUAUUCUGUCGAUGCCCGACUCGUGGGAGUACCCGUUCUUUGCGGCAUGGGAUACCGCGUUCCACUGUAUCCCCCUGGCCAUGAUCGACCCGGACUUUGCGAAGAAGCAGCUUGAUCUGAUGACCAGGGAGUGGUAUAUGCACCCCAACGGCCAACUGCCCGCUUACGAAUGGAACUUUGGAGACGUGAAUCCGCCCGUUCAUGCGUGGGCGGUCUUCCGUACUUUCAAGAUUGAACGCAAGAUGUACGGCCGUCAGGACCUGGAUUUCCUUGAGCGCGUCUUCCAGAAGUUGCUACUCAACUUCACUUGGUGGGUAAACCGCAAGGACUCAGAUGGCAAGAACGUAUUCGAGGGAGGUUUCCUGGGUCUGGAUAACAUUGGCCUGUUCAACCGUUCUGAGCCACUUCCGACGGGUGGUGUACUCGAGCAGGCCGACAGCACUGGCUGGAUGGCCUUCUAUUGCUUGUGCAUGCUCAAUAUUUCCUUGGAGCUGGCCAAGCAUCGGAGAACCUACGAAGACAUCGCGUCCAAGUUCUUCGAACAUUUCAUUCUCAUCAGCGAUGCCAUGACCUUCCGCAACGGCGAGGACAACAUCCAGUCCCUGUGGAAUGAGGAAGACCAGUUCUACUACGAUGCUAUUUCGUACGGCGGCCCGUGGACUCAACAGCUGCCUAUUCGAUCGUUGGUCGGUCUGAUCCCGCUGUAUGCCGUACUGACGCUGGAGCCGGAGAUCAUCAAGAAGUUCCCUUCGUUCAAGCGAAGACUGGACUGGUUUGUUGAGAACAGGUCGGAUAUCGCUGAGCGCAACAUCGCCAGCAUGAAGCGUCGCGGUAAGGAUGACCGGCUCCUGUUGGCCCUUGUCAGCAAGGACCGCCUGGAGAAGAUCUUGAAGCGCAUGCUCGACGAGACUGAGUUCCUGUCCGAGCAUGGCAUCCGAUCCAUGUCCAAGUUCCACGAAGAGAACCCUUACUCUAUGGAUGUCAAUGGCCAGACGUUCAAGGUAGAAUACGUUCCCGGUGACUCGAACAGUUCUCUGUUCGGCGGCAACAGUAACUGGCGUGGACCGAUCUGGCUCUGUGUCAACUUCCUGCUCGUCGAGUCACUGCUUCGCUUCUACAUGUUCUACGGCGACACUUUCAAGGUCGAGUGUCCCACAGGCUCUGGUGAUUACAUGCAUCUGGGCCAGGUCGCCGAGGAGCUUCAGCACCGUAUGCAGCAUCUCUUCGCCCGCAACGACGAAGGCCGUCGUGCCAUCAAUGCGAACUCCGAUCUCCUCGACUUUGACGAGCACUGGAAGGACUAUCUCUGGUUCCACGAGUUCUUUGACGGCGAUACCGGCCGCGGUCUUGGUACUUCCCACCAGUGCGGCUGGACUGGUCUGAUCGCCAAGAUCAUCCAAGACACUGGACUCAACUGCCGUCUUCCUCAAACUCCGCGCUCGCCAUUCGCUGCCGCCUCCCACUACUUCGAUGACAUCUUCUCCCGAUCCGGCCGCCCGUCGGUGUCAAGACGUCCGUCCGUCCGUCGCUCCUCGACCACUCGGUCCAUCGGCAGCCGCAGCGACUUCCACUCCACGAUCGCCGGCGACGCUACUCCAGGAGCGUCGUCAGCUCUGGACGACGAGGAUGCCAGUAGAACGACUAGCCGACGGGGAAGUACAGCCGCUUCGCACACAGGUGCGGACGACCAUCUCGACCAUUACGUCGAAAGCCAAUUGCAGCGUGUGCGUAGUUCCGCCUCGCUGGGCGCAUUUGAAGACGAGCUUGAGACGCAGGCCGAGAAGGAGAACGGGCACAAUGGCAGCAACGGACAUCGUUGA